UUCUCUCUCUGCAAGUUCGCCCUUUUUGCUGCUUGUUCAAUCUUUUGGUGCUCAUGGACUAUAACGCGCCUGUAGCGAAGAGGACACGGCUAAGUGAAGAGAAAUACUGGAGGGAGUUAUGGGAGAAAAAGGCUGGGAAACGAGAACUCCGUGAUGGGUCUGAUAAGAAAGGGAAAUCACGUAAGGGGUCCAAUGUACGGGAUUGUGUAUCUGUGGAUGACUAUGAGGAAGCCACUGUGAGUCCAUCCAGGGGAGGCAAGGACAAGAAAAAGGGUGGGAAAAGAAAAUCUGCUGAGGGGUCUAAGAAACAGAGGUCUGGUUGUGAUGAUUCUGAUGAGGGUGACGAUCCCAGUGUUGAAAUCAUCAGUGAAAGUUCAUUUGGAAAGCAAGACAAUGAUUCUGUGGGUUUUGAUAGUGUUGAGAGUGCAGGAUCAAAUGGAAAGAAGUCUAACUCUGGUGCUGUGGACAUGGAGAAUUUUUUUCCAGUUGAAGUGGAGGAUAGUGAUGAUGGGGUGGUGUAUUUGGGUGAAGAGAAAGUAGGAGGUUUUGGUUGUUUGAGUUCAGAGAGGAGUGAUGCCUGUGAGGAUGCUGCUUCUGAUGGCACCACUGAGGAUGCUGCUUCUGAUGGCUCAGAUGAAUCUUGGAAGAGUAGUUCCAGUGAGGAUUCUAUUUCUCAUGCCUCAGAUGAAUCAGAUGAUGAGGCUUUUGAACCAGAAAACUCAGAAAGUUCUGUAUUUUCUAAGUCGUUGAAUUCAUGCGGUGAAGAGGGGCAUGAUGAUGAAAGAGAGGUUACCAAGAGAAGUGGGAAACCAAGAAAGAGGAAAACUGUUGAGGGUGAUGUUGAGGUGAAGAAGGGGCAGGACAUUGAUGCUAGUGAGAUUGCAAAAGGAAGUGGGAAAGCAGAAAAGGGGAAAAGUGUUGAGAUUGGUGUGAGGAGAAAGAGAAGGGUUGGGUUGGAUAUGUCAGUUGGUGCAGAUGAUGACUUUGAUAGCAACAAAGAUGAUCCUAUUCAUUCUGCUCAAGAGAAGAGAAGAAGUGAAAAGAAGAGAAGAAAAUGUGGAACUGUAAAUGAUAAUGAGGAUUCUUCUUCUGGGCAUGAUAAUGACAAUGAAGAUGUUGAUGACGCCAAUUGCAGUUGUCCGAGAACUAGGCGCCACAAAAAGAAAACAGGGUCUGAUGAUGAUAGAAGAAAUGAUGAAUGUGACAAGACCUAUGGUGGUAGUCCAGAAACUGAGCGUAGUAAAUGGAACGAUGUCCACGGAGUGUGCAAGAAGAAUAAAAGGGAUAUCGGGAAUCUUACUAACAGAAGGUCCAUGCGGGCAAAGAAGGAUUGCAAUGUUUUAAAGAUUCUUGUAGAUUCCAUUUAUGAAAAGGGAGAAGGGACACUGAAAGGGUCAAUUUCCUUUGGAGAUGAAGGCCGUAAAGAUGAAAGAAAUCCACCAGAAUCUACUCUUCCACUUAAGUUCAGUUUUGGAGAGCAGUCAACUGUACCAAAGAAGUCAGAGUGUGAUCCAGAAGAAAAAGAACUAUGGGACGACCUUGAAUUUGCUCUCAGAGCUUCUGAGAUUGAUUCCUCUGAUUCUAAUGUGGUUGAAAGUCAAGAUUCACUCCCUAUUGCUGAUGAAGUUGAAACAGUAGCUAGCCUCUGUAGGCGAGGGGUUCAUCAGCUUAUACUUGAUGAAGAGAUUGGACUCAGAUGCAAGUUUUGCUCUUAUUUAGAUCAGGAGAUCAAGUAUAUUUUACCAGACUUCCUUGACUGCCCUUAUGGAAGAUUUGGCACAAGGGGCUCUGAAACAGACAACCGGUCUAUCUUUGAUGAGCUUCAAUCUCAUGCUUCUGAUUCUGAUCGCCAUUCUGGCUAUAAUUCUCAUCCUCAUGUUGAUGGCACAGUGUGGGACUUAAUUCCUGGUGUUAAAAGUAGUAUGUAUCCCCAUCAGCGUGAAGGUUUUGAGUUUAUCUGGAAGCAUAUAGCGGGUGGCAUUCAUCUUGACAAGUUGAAAAAGCCAAGCAGUGUUGUUGGUGGCAAUGGAUGCAUCAUAUCACAUGCUCCUGGAACAGGCAAAACUCGCCUGACCAUUGUCUUUCUCCAGACAUACAUGAAGUUAUUCCCAGAAUGCAGGCCGCUUUUGAUUGCUCCUCGUAGCAUGCUCCUUACGUGGGAAGAGGAGUUUAAAAAAUGGAAGCUUGAAUUUCCGUUUCACAAUCUUAACAACUGGGAGUUAUCUGGCAAAGAAAAUCAAACAGCUGUAAAUUAUGUGAUGCAAGCUCAAGGCAGGAAAAGUGUCAACAUAGAAAGCGGACGAAUGCUGAAGUUGUAUUCCUGGAGAAAGAAGAGAAGCAUCCUGGGGAUUAGUUACCGGCUGUUUGAGCAGCUUUCUGGAGCACAGAAAACUGGCUCAGUUGACGAAAUGGGGAAAAUCCUUCUCGAGUUUCCUGGUCUUGUAGUGUUUGAUGAAGGACACACUCCUCGGAAUGAUCAAAGUCAUAUGUGGAAGGCUUUGUCAGAAAUCAAAACAAAAAGGCGCAUUCUUCUCUCUGGAACUCCGUUUCAGAAUAAUUUUCAGGAGCUCUUCAAUACAAUCUGCCUCGUGAGGCCAGCUUUUGCAGCCUCGAUUGAGUCUACUAAAUUCAGUAGAGAUCUUCCCAGAAAACGAGGCCGGAAAAGCAAUGCAGAGAAAUGGAAAUGGACUUCUCUGGCCAGCAGUAGUGGAAAAGUUGUUGAUGACAAAGAAAAACAUGCUACAGAGGUCAAAGCUCAGAUUGCACCGUUUGUCCACGUCUAUAAAGGUUCUGUGCUGCAAGACAGUCUUCCCGGGUUAAGGAACUCAGUUGUUGUUCUACACCCAACCCAGCUACAGGAGAGGUUUCAUAAGAGAAUUCAAGUGGUGAAGGAACUGUUUCGAUAUGAAAACCUAGAGGCUUUAAUAUCUUUUCAUCCUUCCCUCUUGCUUAAGGAAGAUGCAUUUUCUGCUGACCAGGGUAGGUUACAAGAGCUUAAAUUAAAUCCUGAUGCUGGAGUGAAGGCAAAAUUUGUGAUGGAACUCAUCAGGCUCAGUGAUGCUUUGAAAGAAAAGGUUCUUGUUUUCAGUCAGUACAUUGAUCCCUUAAACCUUACAAGGGAUCUUCUGAAAUCUCAAUUUCAGUGGACUGAAGGGGAAGAGGUGCUGUAUAUGGAUGGAAAAAGUGAUAUGAAGCAGCGUCAAUCCUCAAUGAAGGUUUUCAAUGACCCAUCUAGCAAAGCCAAGGUAUUACUAGCUUCAACUAAAGCAUGUUCUGAAGGCAUAAGCCUUGUUGGAGCUUCCAGGGUUGUGUUGCUGGAUGUCACAUGGAAUCCAUCUGUGGAGAGGCAAGCAAUAUCCCGUGCCUACAGGCUGGGACAGAAGAAGGUUGUGUUUGUCUACCAUCUCCUCAUGGACAGAACUAACGAGGAGCAUAAAUACAGUCGCCAAGUUGACAAGAGUCGUUUGUCUGAGUUGGUGUUUUCUGAUUCAGACAAGAAGAAGGUUCUUGAGAAGGAAAUCCGAGCCACGGUUUCUGAGGAUAAAAUCUUGCAAGAGAUGGCUCAGCACGGGAAACUGAAGCACCUAUUUAAAAGCAUAGCUUUACUGCAUGAAGACAUAUACUUUGAGCAGCUAGGCCUGUCAACUUUUGGUUAAGACACAGGCACACAUUGUAACCCAAUGACUGUUUUCAACUCUUGGUUCAAACAUAUUUUGCGCACUUUAUGGUUUCUUAGCUCCAAAAUAUAUUUAUGCAUCGCCUUGCCUCCAAAUUAUUGUUUUGGAUCUCUAGAGAGGUUGAAUUUUUCUUUACAGGGAUUUUUUCAGAAUGAAUAUUUUGUUUCCUAUCUAUCGAUUUUAUACCG